GUAAUCUCUACCUUAUUUUCAUGUUUGUAGGUAACAAAUACUUUAUAUAAAUAGUAAUGGAAGCUGCAACAUUACCACAGAAAAAGAAAUUAAAUAAGGGCAAAUUAAAGAAAACCAUUAAAAAUGUUUUGUGUAGACCUGAUCCAGUAUUCUGGCCCAUUGUUACAGAUGUACAUAAGAAUUUAGUAAAUAAAGCCUUAUUGAAGAACAGAAUAUCUAUAUCAAAAUUCAAGAAACCACAUUGGAACGAGCUAAAAUUAAUUCCUAAAGAGAAAAGACCAAAACAACCCAAAAUUAAAAAAGUUGAUGGCUUACUAUUUGGCAUAUCGGCAUGCUGUAAUGCUAUUCAAUCCGGUGAAUGCUCUGCGGUCAUUUUAGAAGCAGAGGUUAACCCUAGAAUAAUAAUACAACCAAUUCUUGACACCUGCUGCACAUCAAAAACACCAGUCAUAUGUCUGUCAGAGCUUAGGAAGAUUAGUGCAGAAUGUUUUGGUAUACCCACAAGUUCUUUAGGUAUUAGAAAAAAUGUUUUGCCCAAUCUCACUAAUGAAAUAUUGGAAAUAGCGAAAUGCUACAAAUUUAAAGAAAAUAUAUCAUUAGAUGACAAUGAAGUAGAUAUGAUAGACAUGACUAGUAAUGAAGACAUCACUAGUAGAGUUAAUGAAAAUACAAAAAGCACUGUUAGUUGCCCAUAUUUGUAUAGAACUAAUAAAAAAUCAAGAGUGUUCAUUCCAUCUAAUGAAAUAGUAACCAAAGUAAAGAAAGAAUUUAUUGGACAGGACUUUAUUGAAGUGUCUAAAAAAUCAGAGAAUAAUACUGAAAGUAAGAAGUAUAUGAAAAUGAUAUUAAAGAGAAUAGCAAGCAAUCCUAACAGAAUUAAAGGGAAAUAAUUGUACUAUAUACCCAAUUUUACAAAAGUAAUCUAAUAAGUGGGAA